UUCGCGGGAUUAUUUGCCAAAAGAAAAGGAAAGAAAAUGAACUCAGGUGUAUUUGAUUUGUUGAGAACGACAAUCGAAGAUGUUCUAAUUGACAAGACGAGAUGGUGCAUAGUGCUUACGAUUCCUUCGAGCUAUUCAAGGAUAAUCCUUCGAAGAUCGAAUCGAUCCAGUCUUACGGCUCCAAGCUUUUCAUCGGUUGCUCAGAUGGAUCUCUUCGUAUUUACUCCCCGGUAUCCUCCGCCCCCGACCGUUCUCUGUCGUCUGAUUUCCACUCGAUGUCGAUGGAGCUGCAAAAGGAACCUUAUGUACUGGAGAAGAACGUGAAGGGAUUUUCCCGGAGAUCUUUGGUGUCGAUGAAGGUCAUUGAUUCGAGGGAGCUCCUUUUGACUCUCUCUGAAUCAAUCGCGUUUCACAAACUUCCCAAUUUGGAGACUCUUGCCGUAAUAACCAAGGCCAAGGGUGCCAAUACGUAUUCCUGGGACGAUCGUCGAGGCUUCUUGUGCUUCGCGAGGCAAAAGAGGGUCUGUAUUUUCAGGCAUGACGGGGGACGGGGAUUCGUGGAGGUUAAAGAAUUUGGUGUCCCUGACACAGUGAAGUCAAUGUCUUGGUGUGGAGAAAAUAUAUGUUUGGGAAUUAAAAGAGAAUACGUGAUAUUAAAUGCUACCAGCGGCACAUUGACUGAUGUAUUUCCUUCUGGGAGGUUGGCCCCGCCUUUGGUAGUCUCGCUACCUUCUGGAGAACUUCUCCUUGGAAAGGAUAAUAUUGGUGUUUUCGUGGACCAAAAUGGGAAACUUCUUCAAGAAGGUCGUAUUUGUUGGUCAGAGGCACCUUCUGUCGUUGUCGUACAGAAUCCCUAUGCAGUUGCUUUGUUGCCAAGAUAUAUUGAGAUUCGGUCUCUCCGGUCGCCAUACUCAUUGAUACAAACCAUUGUCCUUCGAAAUGGUCGGCACCUUAUUGACAGUAAGCAUGCUUCGGUUGUUGGAUUAGACAAUUCUGCCUACGGCCUCUUUCCUGUGCCUCUUGGUGCACAGAUUGUACAAUUAACAGCAUCUGGCAACUUUGAGGAAGCGUUGGCUUUGUGCAAAUUGCUUCCACCUGAAGAUUCAAUCCUCCGAUCGGCCAAGGAGAGUUCAAUUCAUAUUAGAUAUGCUCACUAUCUUUUUGAUAAUGGGAGCUAUGAGGAGGCAAUGGAACAUUUUUUGGCAUCUCAAGUUGAUAUAACCUAUGUGCUUCCCUUUUAUCCUUCACUUGUACUUCCUAAGACAACUUUGAUCACUGAAACAGAGAAAUUGAUGGAUAUGACUUUGGAUGAUCCUCAUCUUUCAAGAGUUUCUUCAGAUUUUUCUGACGACAUGGAGUCACCUCCACACCAGCUACUGGAAUCUGAUGAGCACUCGACAUUGGAGUCAAAAAAAAUGAACCAUAAUACUCUCAUGGCUUUAAUCAAGUUCUUGCAGAAGAAAAGGCACAAUAUUAUCGAAAAGGCCACUGCUGAAGGGACAGAAGAGGUAGUUUUAGAUGCUGUUGGAGACCGGUAUAAGAAAUCUUACAAGGCACGAGCGAACGUCCCUAUCAGCUCAGGUGCUAGGGAGAUGGCAGCAAUACUAGAUACAGCGCUACUUCAAGCUCUGCUUUUUACUGGACAAUCAUUCGCGGCUUUGGAAUUAUUAAAAGGCCCAAAUUACUGUGACAUUAAAAUAUGUGAAGAGAUCCUUCAGGAAAAUAAUCAUUAUUCCGCUCUGUUAGAGCUGUAUAAGUGCAAUUCCAUGCAUCGUGAAGCUCUAAAAAUUUUGCAUCAACUAGUGGAAGAGUCAAAAGCCAACAAAUCUCAACCUGAACCUAUCCAAAUGUUCAAACCUGAAAUGAUCAUUGACUAUCUUAAGACACUUUGUGGAACUGAUCCCAUGCUGGUUCUAGAAUUCUCGAUGCCCAUUCUCGAAAGCUGUCCCACACAAACUAUUGAGCUCUUUCUUUCAGGAAAUAUUCCUGCAGACUUGGUCAAUUCCUAUUUGAAGCAGCAUGCUCCUAACUUGCAGGGAAGAUAUUUGGAACUUAUGCUUGCAAUGAACGAGAGUUCUAUUUCUGGAAAUCUCCAGAAUGAAAUGCUUCAAAUAUAUCUUUCAGAAGUUCUUGAAUGGUAUGCAGAUUUAACUGCUCAACAUAAAUGGGAUGAAAAAACUUACUCCUCCACUAGAAAGAAGUUGUUGUCUGCUUUGGAGACAAUCUCAGGGUAUCAUCCGGAGGUUCUAUUGAAACGUCUUCCUUCAGAUGCAUUAUAUGAAGAGCGAGCAAUCUUAUUAGGGAAAAUGAACCAACAUGAGCUUGCCUUAUCUCUAUAUGUUCACAAGAUCCAUGUUCCUGAGUUGGCACUGUCCUACUGUGAUCGAGUUUAUGAAUCUGUAGCUUACCAGCAAUCAACAAAAUCUUCUGGCAAUAUAUACCUGAUUCUUCUACAAAUAUACCUCAACCCCCGUAGAACAACAAAAAAUUUCGAAAAGAGAAUUACUAACUUAACAUCUCCUCAAAAUAUGGGCACUCCCAAAAUCGGGUCAGGUCCUUCAUUCAAGGUUAAAGGAGGCCGUGCAGCAAAAAAAAUUGUAGCAAUAGAAGGUGCAGAAAACACGAAAAUUAGCCUUAGUAAAACUGACAGUGGCAGGACUGAUGGCGACACAGAUGAAACUUGUGAAGAAGGUAGUUCACCAAUUAUGCUUGAUGAGGCUUUGGAUUUGUUGAGCCAAAGAUGGGACAGAAUUAAUGGAGCGCAGGCACUCAAACUUCUACCAAAGGAAACAAAGUUACAGAACUUGCUUCAAUUUCUUGGACCACUUUUGAGGAAAUCGAGUGAGGCGUACAGGAACUCUUCAGUGAUAAAGAGUUUGCGACAGAGUGAAAACUUACAGGUGAGGGACGAUCUCUAUGAACAAAGGAAACCCGAAAUAAAAGUAACCAGCAAUAGCGUGUGCUCCCUUUGCAAUAAGAAAAUAGGGACGAGCGUUUUCGCGGUCUAUCCAACUGGGAUAACCCUUGUACAUUUUGUCUGCUUUAGAGACUCACAGAGCAUGAAGGCUGUGUCCAAAGGUUCGCCAAUAAGGAAGCGUACAUAGUGAUGUAAGGGCUUCUCCCUUUUUAGCUAUCAAUAACAAAAUGAAGCUCUAACAGACUCAGGCGUCAAGGAGGGUGACUGCUGGUGUGGAGAACUUGGAAAGUGGCUUGGAGAGUGUUUAUUUGCCAUUCAUGGGAUUGGUUUUUUGGGUGCAUUUAUAUAUUAUAGUUUUUUUUCUUCAAUUGGGUGAAGAAUGGGAGGUUGUAUUUAUACGAGGGUUUUGAUUAUGCCUUGAAUGAAAGAGCACAAAAUCCUAAUUUUACUGUGAUAAAUGUCAUGCAAUCAAGUAAUUGCUUUAUUUAAGCAAAAA